AUGCAAGAUGCUUCGGAUACGGAGAAUGAUCUGAAGCGCAAAUUGCUGACUCGGGGAUAUCGUGACAGGCCUUCCACAAGCUCGUCAAGAACAGCGCGUACUACAGUCCGUGGACUAACCAGCUGUCUCACAAACAGCCGCUUCCAGACCAAGUACAAGCGCAGAAGAGAGGGAAAGACCGACUACUAUGCCCGUAAGCGAUUGAUCACCCAGGCCAAGAACAAGUACAAUGCUCCCAAGUACCGUCUGGUCGUCCGCUUCACCAACCGCGACAUCAUCAUGCAGAUCGUCACCUCGGAGAUCUCUGGUGACAAGGUCUUCGCUGCUGCCUACUCUCACGAGUUGAAGGCCUACGGUAUCACCCACGGCCUCACCAACUGGGCUGCUGCCUACGCCACUGGUCUGCUCAUCGCCCGUCGUGUCCUCAAGAAGCUCGGUCUCGACGAGACCUUCACUGGUGUCGAGGAGGCUGAUGGAGAGUACACUCUCACUGAGGCUGCUGAGGAGGAUGGUGAGGAGCGCCGCCCUUUCAAGGCUUUCCUUGAUGUCGGUCUUGCCCGCACUUCCACUGGUGCCCGUGUCUUCGGUGCCAUGAAGGGCGCUUCCGACGGUGGUAUCUUCAUUCCUCACUCCGAGAACCGAUUCCCCGGUUACGACAUGGAGUCCGAGGAGCUCGAUGCCGAGACCCUCAAGAAGUACAUCUUCGGUGGUCACGUUGCUGAGUACAUGGAGACUCUUGCCGAUGAUGAUGAGGAGCGAUACAAGAGCCAGUUCGGUCAGUACCUCGAGGAUGAUAUCGAGGCCGAUGGUCUGGAGGACCUGUACACCGAGGCCCACGCUGCUAUCCGCGAAGACCCCUUCAAGAAGGCUGAGGGUGAGGGCCCCAAGAAGACCAAGGAGCAGUGGAAGGCCGAGAGCAAGAAGUACCAGACUCCCAAGUCUACCAAGGCUGAGAAGGAGGAGAGAGUCAAGGCCAAGAUCGCCGAGUUGCGUGACGCUUAA